AAAUUAAUUACUAGAAUAAUUAUCGACCAAAGUACUGGUAAUUUAACGAUUAGUUUGGAUAAUAUUUGUUUUUCACUAAACAUUUCUUUCGUGUAUAAAAUAAUUAAAUUCAAGAUGAAUAAAUUAAUAUUAUUUUUGACUGUUAUUAUAAUUACUACAAUUACAAUUAGAAGUAGUCCAACUGAAGAUAGCAUACCAGGACCUCCCAGUGAUUUAAAAGUUUACCCACAGUUAUAUUCAUGCAACAUUAAAUGGGAGGCUCCAUUAGGCAACACAGUGGUAACAAAAUAUAUUGCAUCAUGGGGAGAAGAAAAAAAAUUUAUUGAAAUAGAUGCUAAAGUCGUAGAAAAUUAUUUAUACUAUGAAAUUCGACCACUUGAACCCAAUACAGAUUAUGUAAUUAGUCUUGCUGCAGGCAAUUCAAAGGGAAUAGGACCUUCAAUAUCCAAGAGUAUACGAACAGAAAAAUCACACAUAAAUUUUCUUCUAAAUUAUAAAGUAACAAGAUAUCCGUUUGAGUUCAUCGAUCACGCAUUGACAUCAAGUGUAAACUAUAUAAAAAAUACUAAAAAAGAACUUGGUUUUUAAAUAAAAUAUUAAAAUUUUAAAUCAUAUGAAAGUUAA